AUGGGCCUGGCUGCUUCCGCCAACAGGAACAAAGGAGCUUUCAACGGAGCCUGGUCCAAGUUGUACUUCAAUCACAAUGCUGGCGACCCAGAGCCGGCUAUGCUUGUGGCGGUCAGGCAGUUCCCCUUGAGCAUGGAUGACAACAACACGCACUUCAACAAGCAUGGCGAGGAGGGUGUGAAGCUCAUUGCCCUCCGAUGUGCCGGCUUCGACCGCGUGGAUCUCCGGGCGGCAAAGGCGCGAGCCGGCCUUUUCGUCUUUCGAGAUGCCGGGGUCACGGUGUCCCGUGUCCCUGCCUACAGCCCCUACGCUGUUGGGGAGCAUGCGGUGGCGCUGUUGUUGUCACUGAACCGGCGCAUCCCCAAUGCCUACCGCAACAGCCGCAUGGGCAACUUCAAGCUGGACGGCCAGCUGGGCUGCGACCUUCACCGGAAGCGCGUUGGCAUCAUUGGCACCGGCUUGAUCGGAACCAUCGCUGCAACGGUGUUGAAGAAGGGCUUUGAGUGCGAUGUGGUCGCCUACGAUGUCUUCCCGAACCCGAAGAUCAGCGACCCCGCUCCGGAUGGUUUGGGCAUUCCCUACCUGGACCUGGACACGGUGCUAUCCACCUGUGACUUUAUCUCGCUCCACGCACCAUUGCUGCCUUCCACAAAGCACCUGAUCAAUGCUGAGAAGCUGAAGAUCAUGAAGAAGGGCAUGAUGAUUGUCAACACCUCGCGCGGUGGGCUCAUUGACACCACGGCGCUCAUCCAGGGCCUCAAGGAUGGAACCAUCGGGGGCGCGGCCAUGGACGUGGUGGAAGGCGAAGCCCCCUACUUCUUCAGGCACUUGGCAUUUUUCACGGAGGAGGCAUUGAAGCUGGGCGUUCUUCAGCAGGAAGACCAUCUCCGAUACCACCCUGAAGAGCAUGCAGGGUGUGUGCGGGAGGGCACGGGACCUCCAAAGCAGAAUGGAGUGCUGGACACGGUCUGCUUGCCGCCGGAGGUGCCCAAGGCAGAUGGGAAAGGCGCGCACUCUGCUGGGGAGCGCGAGGGAAUGGCAUGCCGCCACCAAGAGCGCAGCCAGCGAAUGGCUUUCAUGAAGGAACUGCCCGCACCUGGCCCUGAGCUGAAGGAGAAGGAGCUGCCGGCGCUGGAGAACACGCAUACCCGACCAUUUCGGGUCGCCUUCUACUCCGCAAUGCCACACGACAAGGAGGUUUUCGAGAAGAUGGCUGAGGAGUUUGACGCCAACAUGUCCUUCCAGUUUUACAAGGCGGCGCUGUGCCCUGAGACCGUCAUGCACGCGAAGGGCACCGACGCAGCCGGGGCCUCCCAAAAUGGGUGGGGAAAUGAGGGGAGAGGUCUGCGUCUUCGUGCCUGGGCUUGGAUCCUCUCAGUGGGACAGCAGACAAAGACAACCCUGGACUGUGGCCUGGCCCUUCAAAACCCCGGUUUGGAGGAGUUCGGGGUGAAGAUGGUGGCGCUGCGAUGUGGAGGUUUCAACAACGUGGACGUGGACCGGGAGAAGGCUGACGAACUCGGCCUCGUCAUCACCAGGGUUCCGGCCUACUCGGCCUUCGGAUCUGGUGAGCACGCCGUGGCGCUGGCGACCUCGGUGAACCGAAGCAUCCCGCAGGCCGCCGAGGGCACCCGACGUGGGAACUUUACACUGACUGGCCUCCAGGGCUUUGACAUGGUGGGCAAGAAGGUCGGCAUCAUAGGCACUGGCCGCACAGGGUGCGUGGCUGCCCGGAUAUUCAAGAAUGGAUACCGCUGUGAUGUCAUCGCCCAUGACAUCGAGGAGAUGCCCGGCGUGCAAGCGGAGAAUGAGUUGAUCAAGGAACCGCCGCCAACGGGCUUGGGCAUUCCGUAUGUGUCGUUGGAUGAGCUUUUUCGCACGAGCGACAUCAUCUGCCUUCAUGUGCCGCUGCUGCGCGAGACAGCCAAGCUCAUCAAUGCCGAAGCCAUCGCCAAGAUGAAGCGAGGUGUCCUGCUCGUGAAUGUGUCCCGGGGUGGGCUGAUCGACACGAAGGCUUUGAUCGACGGGCUUCGUCAAGGCAUCAUUGGUGGAGCAGGCCUUGAUGUGGUGGCCGAGGAGGGUGAGUACUUCCAUCGAGAUUGGAGCCGGGACGUGAUACAAAGCAACGAGCUGAUGACGCUCAUCGGAUUCAACCAAGUCGUGGUGACUUCGCACCAGGCGUGGUUCACGAAGGAAGCCCUGCGGAGUAUCAUCCACACGACGCUCUCCAACCUCAAUGCCGCGAGGAGGGAUCCCAUGGGAUGGUGGUAG